GAAGCAGAAGGAGAAUUAAGGGUGGCGAUAUAUGAUUGAAUUCACAGGAAGAUAUAUCAUGUCGACCUUCAAUCUGUCCUGGGUUUUUAUGUGAGGAUUUGUAUAUAUAUAUAUAUAUAAAAAUGGAGGGGAAUGGAAAUGGAAAUGGAAAUGGAAAAUCGUUGGAGAGAAUGGUGUCAUUGAAGGCAUUGCAAAUGGGGAAUUCGUUUUCAUGCCAAAUAUGUGUGGUUGGAUUUCUGUCUGGAGUUUGUCUCACGUCUCUCUUUCUUGCUGCUCUCACUUCCUUCGCUUCUUUCCAGUUUGCUUCUCCCAAUUCCACUUCCUCUUUUCUCAAUGUAUUUACGGGUCAAGAAUGCGAUUCUAAAUCACAAGCAGUAGAAAGAAUGGUGAUAUCACACAACGUUAUCGAGGUCCGAGUCAACGACCAUGUCAACUCGAUCUACUCGGCUUGGAGUGAAAUGCUGAACAUGUCAAACACCGGUCAAGGUCUGUUCUCACGAGAUACAAUCACUGACGGAUCUCAGGUGCAUAGACCUCCUCAUUUGGAGAACUGUAAGUUGACGAGCGAAGCCAACCGGCUUCUCGAUAAACGUACUGAGGAUGCGAAGUUACCACCAUGGACAAUGUGGAAAGGUUUCUUGAAUAACUACCCUCUAUCAACAAAAGAACAACAACAAGGGUAUAAUGGUAAUCAAGCCAUCUCUAAAGGUUCUUAUCCUCCAUGGAUAAAAGGGUCGGACGAAGAAAAUUAUCCGCUAACAAGGAAAGUGCAAAGCGAUAUAUGGGUGCACCAACAUCCCGUGAACUGUAGCGAUCCGAAUCUGAGGUUUCUCGUUACGGAUUGGGAGAGAAUACCUGGAUUUGGUAUGGGAGCGCAGUUUGCCGGGAUGUCCGGGCUUCUUGCAAUUGCCAUUAACGAAAAAAGAAUACUCGUCACAAACUACUACAAUCGAGCCGAUCACAAUGGUUGUGAAGGUGCAUCGAGGUCUAGUUGGUCGUGCUAUUUCUUCCCGGAGACAUCACAAGAGUGCAGGGAUCGAGCGUUUGAACUCAUGAAUGAAAAAGGAGCAUGGGAAAACGGAGUUAUCACGGUGAAAGAAAACUACACAACGAAGCAGAUAUGGACUGGCCCGAUCCCACGGGUAUGGGGUAGUCCUUGGACUUACAUUCAGCCAACAACAGAAGUAAACGGGACAUUAAUCGGCUAUCAUCGGAAAAUGGACCGGAGAUGGUGGCGAGCACAGGCUUUGCGCUACCUUAUGAGGUUUCGAACAGAGUACACAUGUGGCUUACUAAAUGCGGCACGACACUCAGCAUUCGGAUGGGAAGCUGCCGAGUUGGUUCAUUCAUCCCGUGUUUCGGAAUUCGACAUGAAAGAUUCUCCAUCUGCAAUUGAAAAGUACGUAUGGUCAAAUCACGAGCCUUGGACGCCACGGCCAUUGCUAAGCGUGCACGUAAGGAUGGGAGACAAAGCCUGCGAAAUGAAAGUCGUUCAGUUUGAAGAAUACAUGCAUCUUGCUGAUCGGAUCAGACAUCGUUUCCCUCAUCUGAAACGCAUUUGGCUGUCCACCGAGAUGCAGGAAGUGAUCGACAAGAUAAAGCUGUAUGCAAACUGGAAGUUUUAUUACUCGAAUGUGAGACGGCAAUUGGGAAAUAUCACGAUGGCGGUAUACGAAGCGAGCCUCGGUCGAGAAACAAGCACCAACUAUCCGCUCGUUAACUUCUUGAUGGCUACCGAAGCUGAUUUCUUCAUCGGGGCCUUGGGUUCGACUUGGUGUUUUCUCAUAGAUGGAAUGAGGAACACUGGCGGAAAGGUGAUGGCCGGGUACUUGAGCGUUAACAAGGAUCGGUUUUGGUGAAUCGGUUGGUCGACCAAUGUCGAAUAUGGUUUGUAAUAGUCGAUAGUUUUAGAGCAAGAAUUUGUAUGGAAUUGUUGUAUCUUUUAGUAUCUAUCAUCUUGUAACCAAAUCAUCAUACGUUGGUGGCUUUUCACCUAUUUUGUGUAUAUAACAAUAAUGCAUAAGAUGAAGUUAUGAGAAGUUAUAGGCAUUAUAG